AUGCCAUCAUCAGAGGUAUCUGAACAGGAGAUUGAGAGGGAACGAAAUACCCUACGAAAUCUCAGAAGGAGAUCUAUAAAUUCUUCUGGACCUGGUGCUUUAGCUGUUGAUCCUGAUUUACCACCACCAUCACCGCAUUCUCGACCUGAAUCAUCUGGAUCAUUAUAUGAUACAGGUGAUGAUAUAACGCUCUCGACACCUGAUGGAUUAGAUGGACAAGAUGCAGGUUUAUUUUGGGUUCCAGCACAUUUACAUCCCGAGUUAGCACCAGGAGAAUUUAGAGCUUUCCUUAAAUCACACACGCAUCCAGAUCCCACGAAUGCAGAUGUGACAGAAGCUGGGGAAGCUCCAGGAUUAAGUAAAAGUCCGUCUUGGUUAGCUAGAAAUCCUAGUACCAGCAGAGGAGGAGGAGCAGGAGGAGGAGGGGGAGGGAAUGAAGGUUUGGGUAGAAAAAGAUCAAUGUUGAGUAGACAAUAUCAACCUAAACCAGGUGAUAAUGUCGAAAAUGAGGUUCCUCCUUUACCGAUGAGAAGACCAGCAAGUAUUUAUGGUGGAAGAUCAGGUGAAAAAGGUCUAACCCUGAACGAUCUACAAAAAUUAGAGGAAUUAGUAGACGAAGCGGAUGAAGAGGAAGAUCCCGAGACUAUGAGAACAUUAUUGAGAAGAAGUCUCAGUAUGAACGUGUCUCCUGGAUUCCUACAAGAUGAUAUCCCAAUAGGUGGUGAAACAGAUGAUGCCCCUCUGAUACCCUCUCGUCCCGGCUCAAUCCUACGUCGAUCGGUAAGAACCAAAAUCCGUGGCAAACCCGGCGCAACAGGAGAUGGCGGUGGACAUCGAUUUGCGGCUACUAGAAAAGGAAGAAUGACAGCUGCGCCUCAACGUGAAUUACCGGUAUUCGAUGAUGAAUUCGAUUACUCUGAUAGGAUGAAAAAGUCAAGUACCAGUACCAGUGCUGGAGGAAGUGAUGAGAAUGUCAGUGCUGAAUCUCAUGAACAAGAAGAUAAAGAGGUAUUCCAUGAUACAGUACAGCAUUUGGAGGAAAGAAGAGGGUCGGAUGAAUCAACUGAUGAAGCUCAUAUUUUCGACUCUUACGCUAGAGAUUCAAGAUCAAGCUCAAUGUCUUCUUCUUCACAUGAUCAAUCAACUUCUCCAAGUCCUGAGUCAUCCCCGCCCGGAAAAAAGUUAUCCCUUCCUCCAGUAAUUAUGACUACGCCUUAUCAAGCCGAUGGUUCAGAUUGGUUCACGAAAGAUUCAGAUUACGAUCGUACGCCAACACAAGAAAGUGUCAGAGAUCCUCUGGGCGGAUUAAGAAGGACUUCACCAGGUGCUGAAUUGGGAUCAGAAAGACCUGCUAUACCAUCAUUAUCAACAGCUGGCACUAACCUUACAGUCCCAGAAGAACUCUCUUUACAAUAUCAUCAAUCCAAUACCACUCCUCAGCAACGGCCUACAUCUCUCCCUACAAGUCAGUAUGAGCUACCACCAGGUAUGGCUCCUCCUGUUCAGCGUUCAUCGCUUCCUCCUGGUAUGGCUUUGCAGCAACAGCAGCAACAACAACAGCAGCAGCAGAUAGAACAACCACAGGCGCCACAACCUGUUGAGCAGAAGAUGACGCCUGUAAGUAUUGCAAGCACGAAUCUUGCGCGUACGGAUUCUGCCGUGUCUACAGCUUCUUCCACAGCCAGUAAGGAGAAAGAAAAGGACAAACAGAAGAAGGGUGGCUUAUUCGGAAAGAAGGAUAAAAAGGACAAAGAUGGCAAAGGUAAAAAGGAUAAAGAUCGAUUCCUCGGAUCACUUUUUGGUUCAAAGAAGAAGCAAGAAGAGAUCUCAUCCGUCUCAAACUUCUCUUCCGCUGGUCCUGCAGCGGCAGCAGCAUUACUUGGUUCUUCGAAAUCCGCCAAGUCACUAGGUGUACCUCCUUCCCCUUCACCCACCUCACCCGGAUUCUCAAGUUACGCACGAUAUCCAAUUCAUGUCGAAAGAGCCGUUUAUCGAUUGAGUCACAUCAAACUUGCUAAUGCCAGAAGACCUUUAUACGAACAAGUGUUAAUUUCGAAUCUCAUGUUCUGGUAUUUAGGUGUGAUUGGACGCAACGUUUCAGAGGAGAAGAAAACCGCUUCCAACAAUCCUGAAGAAAAGAAAGAUGAAGUCAAAGCGCCUGUGAAAGGUACACCACCGAAACCUGCUGAUUCAGGAUCAGCUGGUAAAGCUCUACCUAGGACAAACCCGAUCGAAUCUCCCUCUCCUACACCGGGUCCAGGUCAAUUAUCAGCAUCAUCUUCGAAGAAGAGUAGUCUGACAAAACCUGAAAGAGCAAGAGAUGGUAGAAAUAAUGAAGCGCCAAUGCGUGCUCCUUCAUAUGGCAUGCAAAAUGCUCAAGUUGAUCAUGAAAUGAGAUCACAACCACCUACAUCAAAACCUUCCCCUCCUCUUCAACGUCCACCCUCGCAACAAUCCAUCCCUCCUUCCCAGAAUUUCAAUGCUCAUCCUCAACAACAACAUCCUCAUCCUCAUCAAACGCCAUCGCAGCCGCAACAACAACAUCCACAACAGUCGAAUCAUCAGCAACCUCCUAGACCACUACCUCAAAAUUCCCCACAAAGAGCAAUGUCACAACCGCCUCCUGUUGGCGCUGGACCCGGACCUGGACCUCGAUCACCCAUUGAAGGAUAUCAUCGCCACUCACCACCACCACAAAACAUCCAAGGCCCUCCUAGAGGAUUACCUCAAUCUUCUUUUGGCCCACCACCAACAAGUAACAAUGGACCUCCUCCUCCACUUGCUCAACCGAUACUCACUGGAUUAGACGAAAGAAGGGAUCCCAGACAACGUACUUUAUCUAAUCCUGUACCCCCUCAAGGGAUUAAUACUGCAGGAAUGAGAAGGGUAGUGACGGAUGGGAGGAGUCCAACUUCACCAUUAGAUGGUCAAUCUCCACGUCCAAUAUAUCCUCAACAUUCAGGUCCUCAACCAGGUCAAAUAUUCCAUCAUCCAUCACAACAACCUAAUGGUCCGGCAUCCCCCUUCCCUCCUCGACCGAAUCAAUCAACUGGGCCUCAACCUGGACAACUCUUCAAUGCACCUCAACCUGGACAAAUGUAUGGGAGGCCACCUCCACCACCACCACCUCAGCAUCAGCAUCAACAUCAGCAGUAUGGUCAUGGUCAAAGACCAUUACCUCCACCCGGUGCAGGUCCUCCUCAUCCUCAACAAUCUGGUGGUAGUAACUGGGAACCUCCUCAGCGUCUUCCACCCGGCGCAGGUCCUCCUCAGACUUAUAGGCCACCUCCUCAGAGCUUAGGCCCAGGACCUUUACAUAAUCAAGGACCAUUACCUCCACAAAAUGGACCACCCUAUGAUCCAAGAAGAGGUCCACAACAACCUUAUAGUCCUCAACAAGCCUUCUACGGUGGUCAACCUCCGCCUAGACCACAAGGCCCUCCGCAGGUCGGUCAAGUGUAUGGAUAUCAGAAUACUCCAGCGGGAUAUGGACAUCAUCGAUAG